AUGAAGAUAUUCAAUCUUUUCUUCACUCUCUCCUUGGCCAUCGAGGAUUUCCUCCUCUUCAGUCUCUUGGGCAACUCUGGUUCUCAAUCUCAGACCGACCAAAUGAACUCCCUACUUCCUUUGCUUCUUCUCAGUGACAACAACAGCACCAGCGACAGCACUGACCUACUUAUGCUUACGAUGAUGUCCGGAGGGACCAACGACAUGAACCAGCUUCUUCCACUUUUGCUCCUCAGUGACGAUUCUGGCGAUACUGACAUGCUCUCUACUUUCAUGCUUCUCUCGACGAUGCAAGGCGACUGCAACAUCAAUACAAACGACGCGAUGAGCAACCUCCUUCCACUUCUUCUUUUCGCCGACGACGGAAGCUCGCUCGGAUCUGGCACCGAUUCGCUGAUGACGAUGCUUCUCUUUUCUACAAUGAGCGGCGGCGAGGGAUUCAGCUUCGAGACUCUUCUCAUGCUCGAUUUGUUUUCUGAUGACUCCUCCCGAAAGCGACGAUCGAGCGACGACGGCCUGGACGAUGUCCUGAUGAUGGUUCUUCUCAGCUCAAUGUCCGGCGGCAUGAACACCCAGAGCGGCUUCGACAACUCUUUCAACCUGCUUUUGCCUCUACUUCUCAUGAACGACACUAGUUCCGACGACAACGGCUCGCUCCUCGUUUUGAUGAUGGCUAUGCAGAGCGCUGCACCUGGAACUGGCAUGGGCAGCAACAUGCUCCUUCCUUUGAUGCUUAUGGACGACAGCGGCAGCAACGAAGACCUUGUUUUCUACAUGAUGAUGUUUGGCGCGGGCAACAACGGGGAAUGCAACAAGGCCAGCGUAACUCUUCCUCAGCAGAUCGUCCAGCCAGCACCUGUCGUUCAGCCUCAGCAGCCUGUCGUGAUCUACCAGCAGCCGAACUACCGAACCGCUGGAAACUACGCUUAUUUCGGAUAA